ACAGAGUACAUUGAGGUGUUUGGCCGACUAUUUUACGUCGUUUUGUGAUUGAUUAAAAUAUUUAAGUCCUAUAUAUUCUAAAAUAAUUCAGACAAAUCUACUUUUAAGUGUACUAGCUCGAAGUACUGUUCUAGUUUUACAGUAAUAACCGAUUUGCCGCAUGUUCGACGAUAACAAAAUGAACCAUCCUCAAGGGGAUAAUAUAUGCCCGCCGGCGCAUUUGAGAGUCAUAUUACCAGCGUCAAUAGACUCAAAUAUGCCACCACAUUUCAUCGAUAUGAGCAACACACAAGACAUACCCCCGCCGCAGGCCGACUUUUCGGCCCCGCCGCCGUACGAUGUGGCCGCCAACUCGAAACUGCCCACCUACGAGGAGGUGCAGAGAGAAAAGCAGAUGGAAGGGGAAGGCAUACAACAGAUCCAAGGUCCCCUACCGCCGCCCCUGCCCACGUUUGCGGCGUUUGUCACAGUGGAACCCACAGAGGGCACCGGGGAACAACUGGACCCUGAGAACAGCCUGCUUGGCACCGAUGUCAUGUUCCUCACUUCGUUCUUCGUGGCAUUCCUCUUCAACUGGAUCGGUUUCCUGCUGCUGAUGUGCUUCUGCCACACGGUGGCGUCCCGUUACGGCGCGCUGGCCGGCUUCGGCCUGUCGCUGGCCAAGUGGACGCUCAUCGUGAAGCACUCCACCGAGCUCGCCAGCCACGAGAACUCCUGGCUGUGGUGGCUCAUCAUGGCCUUCGGUAUCCUAAUCUGCGUGCGCGCCAUUAUUCAAUACCUGAACAUAAAACGCGGCUGGCGUCUACUUUCCGGCACGGCUCAAGAACGUCUCCUAUUCUUCUACUGAUCUCCCUCGCACCCGCUUACAACUACAUAUGCGAGAGGGAGACGACUAUGGUUACUCAGCCUCUACUAGGCUAUAU